AUGAGCGCAGCCAAGUCGUACACGGGCUCGGCCCAGCUCAUCGAUGGCAACGCCAUUGCAAAGGACAUCCGCCUGAACAUCCAUGCGGCUAUCGAUGAGCUCCAGGCCAAGGAGAAGUCAUUCAAGACGCCCGUGCUCUACAUCUACCAGCUGGGCUCGAACCCGGCGUCGUCAACGUACAUCCGCAUGAAGCUCAAGGCGGCUGAGGAGUCGGGCAUGAAUGUCAAGCACAUCCAGGUGCCCGCCGACAGCGAGGUUGAGAACCAGGCCCCGGGCACUGGCGUCAAGAAGCUCCUUGACCUCGUGAACAAGGCCAACGGCGACGACAAGGUGUCUGGUAUCCUUGUCCAGCUCCCCCUCCCCGGCGCGAGCAAGGAGGAGGAGAAGAGGGUUGUCGAGUCGAUCUCGGUCGGCAAGGACGUCGACGGCUUCCACCCCGAGAACAUUGGCCUGCUCUCGGGCCGCCUCACUGAGCCCUACUUCACCCCCUGCACGCCCGCAGGCAUUGAGCGCCUGAUUGACUCGACCGGCUUUGACCUCAAGGGCUCCAACGUCGUCGUGCUCGGCCGCUCGGACAUUGUCGGCACCCCUACGUGCGCGCUCCUCCGUAAGCGCGACGCGACCGUCACCCAGUGCCACUCGAAGACGGUUGGCCUCCCCGAGAUUGUGCGCCAGGCCGACGUCGUCGUCGCUGCUAUCGGCGUGGGUCAGUUUGUCAAGGGCGACUGGAUCAAGCCUGGUGCAAUCGUCAUUGACGUUGGCACCAACUUCAUCCCUGACGCGACCAAGAAGUCGGGCCAGCGCAUGGUCGGUGACGUCGACUUUGACGUUGCCUCCAACGUUGCCGGCUUCAUCACUCCUGUGCCAGGAGGUGUUGGCCCCAUGACCGUUGCCAUGCUCAUGAACAACACCUUCCGCGCUGCCAAGCGCCAGUGGGAGAGCCGUCGCCAGCGCCACCUCACUCCUCUCCCCCUCCGCGUCCUCGACCAGGUGCCUUCGGACAUUGAGAUCGCUGUCGCCCAGACUCCCAAGCCUGUCGCCGACAUUGCGCGCGAGAUCGGUGUUCUCAGCGACGAGAUCGAGAGCUUCGGCAAGUACAAGGCCAAGAUUGAGCUCGAUGUCCUUCACCGCCUCCAGGACCGCAAGGAUGGCAAGUACAUUGUUGUCGCCGGUAUCACGCCCACUCCUCUCGGCGAGGGCAAGUCAACGACAACGAUCGGUCUCGCCCAGGCUCUCGGUGCGCACUUGCAGAAGACGGCCAUUGCCUGUGUCCGUCAGCCCUCGCAGGGCCCGACCUUUGGUGUCAAGGGUGGUGCCGCAGGCGGUGGCUACUCGCAGGUCAUCCCCAUGACCGAGUUCAACCUCCACCUCACUGGUGACAUCCACGCCGUUACCGCUGCCAACAACCUCCUCGCUGCUGCCAUUGACGCGCGCAUGUUCCACGAGAGCACGCAGAGCGACAAGGCGCUCUUCAGCCGCCUCACGCCUCCCAAGAAGGGUGUGCGCUCGUUUGCCAAGCCUAUGCUUAAGCGCCUUGAGAAGCUCGGCAUCAACAAGACCAACCCUGCCGACCUCACCGAGGAGGAGGCCGCUCGCUUCGCCCGCCUCGACAUUGAUCCCGCCACCAUCACCUGGAACCGUGUGCUCGAUGUCAACGACCGCUACCUGCGCAAGAUCACCGUUGGCCAGGCCCCUACCGAGAAGGGCUUCUCUCGCGAGACUGCGUUCGACAUUGCCGUCGCGUCCGAGGUCAUGGCUGUCCUUGCUCUUGCCACCGACCUCGCCGACAUGCGCGAGCGCCUCGGCCGCAUGGUCGUCGCCUCGUCCAAGAACGGCGACCCCAUCACCGCCGAGGACAUUGGCUGUGCCGGUGCUAUGGCCGUCCUCAUGAAGGACGCCAUCAAGCCCACCCUCAUGCAGACGCUCGAGGGCACGCCCGUGUUCGUCCACGCCGGCCCCUUUGCCAACAUUGCCCACGGCAACUCGUCGAUCAUCGCCGACCGCAUUGCGCUCAAGCUUGCGGGUGUCGAGGAGGGCGACUCGGAGGACCGCAACGGCUACGUCAUCACCGAGGCUGGCUUCGGUGCCGACAUUGGUAUGGAGAAGUUCUGCAACAUCAAGACACGUAUUUCGGGCCUCAACCCCAACGCCGUCGUGCUCGUCGCGACCAUCCGUGCGCUCAAGAUGCACGGUGGCGGCCCCACCGUCUCGCCGGGCAAGCCUCUCGACCCCGUGUACUCGACCGAGAACCUCGAGCUGCUCGAGAAGGGCUGCGCCAACCUCGGCAAGCACAUUGAGAACGCCAAGAAGUUCGGCCUCAAGGUCGUGGUCGCGAUCAACCAGUUCGUCUUCGACACCGAGGCCGAGAUGAAGCUCGUGCAGGACUACUCGCUCAAGGUGGGCGCCGACUACGCCGUCCCCGCCAACCACUGGGCCAAGGGUGGCGAGGGUGCUGUCGCGCUCGCCGAGGCCGUCGUCGACGCGUGCAAGGACGAGUCGCACUUCAAGUUCCUGUACGACGUCAACCUGCCUCUCGAGGAGAAGAUGUCCAUUAUCGCUAAGGAGAUGUACGGUGCCGACGGCGUCGAGCUCGCCCCCGCCGCCAAGGCCGAGGUCGAGCGCUACGAGCGCCAGGGCUACGGCAACCUUCCCAUCUGCAUGGCCAAGACUGCGCUCUCGCUCUCGGACGACCCCAGCCGCAAGGGUGUCCCCACUGGCUUUACGCUGCCUAUUCGCAACGUCCGCCUCUCGGCCGGUGCCAGCUUUGUCUACCCCCUCGUUGGCGACAUGUCGACCAUGCCGGGCUUGACCACCCGCCCCGGUUUCUACGACAUUGACCUCGACCCCGAGACUGGCGACAUUCUCGGUCUCUGCUAA